AUGUGGCUGCACUUGGUUCUCGGUCUCUUUUGCUCUUGGGUCUUUGCUCAGACAAAUUACACCAAUCCCAUUAUCUGGCAGGAUCUCCCAGAUAUUGACCUCAUUCGGAUUGGCGAUGCUUAUUACUACUCGGCCUCGACCUUUCAGUACUCUCCCGGAGCAGUCAUUCUUCGGUCAUACGAUCUAGUGAAUUGGGAGUAUCUUUCUCACUCCGUUCCAAGCCUCGACUUCCAAACUACUGAGGCCUUCAAUCUGGAAUCCGGCUCACGUUACAACCAAGGCAUCUUUGCAUCAUUCUUCAACUAUCGACAGAGCACAGACACUUUCUACUGGGUUGAAGGACCUUGGACUCAGAGUUCGACCACUAACCAGUGCCUUUACGAUGCUGGUAUGCUUAUCGAUGAUGACGACAAGAUGUAUGUGGCCCACGGCCAUACGAACAUCUCCGUGGCUCAACUGAGUGACGAUGGUGUCUCCAAAUCAACCGAGGAACUGGGAUACAUCGAAGGAGCUCGAUUCUACAAGAGGAACGGAGCUUGGUAUCUAUGGAUCGUCGAACCCGUCCCAAGCCAGAUCGUCCUCAAGUCAACAGUUGGGCCGUUUGGGCCCUACGAGUGGAGAUGGGUUCUUCAAAGCAACGGAAAUCCCGUUCCUGGCGCCGGCAACCCCCAUCAAGGCGCCAUUGUGAGCACGCCUGACGGUGCUUGGCACUACAUUGCCCACCUCGAAGCGUAUCCCGGCGGGCGUAUUCCAGUCCUUGCUCCCAUCUACUGGGACGAGGAGGGCUGGCCCCAUGUUGAGUUCGUUGACAAUCAAUGGGCGACCACCUAUCCACUUCCCCUACCUGAGCGUCCAGUCAAGCCCAUCACUGGCAAUGACAACUUCGACACCUUAGGACCCCAGUACGAAUGGAAUCACAACCCGGACAACACGGCAUGGAGCAUCAACAAUGGGCUCGAGCUUCGCACUGCCACUGUCACAGAUGACGUUUUCCGCGCUCGAAACACUAUCACACAUCGUAUCCUGGGACCCGUCUCAACAGCCACCAUUGAACUCGACUAUUCUCAGAUGGCCGACGGCGAUAAGGCGGGCCUCGUUCUCUUCCGCUACGCAGCCGCGUGGAUCGGGGUUGUCAAAGAUGGUGACAGAACGAAGGUUGAGAUGGUAAACAACAUCAUGAUGGUUCCUGAUGACGGAUGGCAUACGAUCAACAAAGGAGACGAGAUUGAGAGUGCUGAAAUCAGCGCUGGGUCGGUGUGGCUUCGCCUCGAAGUUGGUGUCAACUCACUCUACAACGAAGAAGGCCGGUUCUCGUACAGCACCGACGGUGUCACCUUUCAGUCAUUGGGAGAACCUCACCAGCAAGUCAAUAACGGCAUUCUUCACUUUUUGGGUAUCGCUACGGAGUUUUCAACUAUGCUAUACUCGCUCGGGGUGGAGCUGUCACGGUCAGGUCUUUCGGGCCCGGUUUGGGGUCCUGUGGCGAAAAGACAUUUUCAUCCCAACGUCCACGAGUGCUAUGCAAUUCUGAGUGGCACAUCAACAUUUCUGUUGGGGCUUGCCAUGGGCGACAGCGAAGCAGAUGUCGAAGCCGCCCCUGAGGCUGCUGUUAGCAAUGGGGUUGACGUCAGGUCAACUAGAGGUUUACGCCUUCGGGUGUCUGCUGGUGAUGUCGUGAUACAGCCUGCAGGAACAGGCCACUCAUCUCUGGAUCAUGAUGGGAACUUCCGUUACAUCUCGCUUUUUGUUUCGGGAGCCCAACACUGGCGAAGCUCGAUAGGAAACACUCCAGUUGAUGAGGAAACCCGACAGGGGAUCAGCCAGAUUCCGCUACCUGAGUUUGAUCCAGUGUACGGCAAAGACGGUGCUUUACAAAAGCUAUGGGGGUCAGCAUGA